AUGUUUGGGGAGCUCUCUGCAGAUGCGGCGCACCUCCUGGAGUGCGAAGAUGAGUCCUGCGGCAUGUGUCUCUGGCUGCGCAAUCGGAGCGAGUGGGAACGCCGCACAUGUAUCCUGGAAAGUUCCGUGAGCUAUCUGAAGACAGGUCUCAAUGAUGCAGGCGACUGGGAGUUGUACUGCUGGGUAUGUCGCCAGGCUGACCCACAGGUCAAACCUUUCGGUGUGGUGCACGUCAACAAUCUGGUACGGCAUAGCUCUUGCAAAAAACAUCAAAACGCUCUUUAUGAGAUGGGAUUGACUUCGGAAAACAUCGACAUCGCAGCCCCCCCUGCCUCCCAGUUUCUGCUUGGUCAAACCAGGAAACCAGGACACGCUUUGACACAUGGGGUGGAAGGCGUGGGGGGCCGCAGGAAGAUCAGCUCGAUGCUAGGAUGCAUGGCGACUGCUAUCGUGCGCCAGGAGCAAAAUUUCCUGCGAACCGCAAUCAGCAUCUCGCUUCAUGGAGAUGUCCGGAAGCUUCGUUGCAUGUUCCGGUACAGAGCCACGAACCAUGACAUGCAGACACGCUCCGGACUCUUGGUUUACACUCCCAUGCGUUCGCACUCGGCAGCGGACACCCUCGCUGCCUUUACAGAGGGCCUGAAUGACUUCUGCACCACAUCCGAGGGCGUGGAUGAGCCGCUAUUGCUACACAUACUGUCAAGCGUGGAGAUUUUAGAUGCCGAUGGUGCAUCCGAUGCACAACUUGCUCUGGAAUUGCUUCGCGACUCUGGUAUGUUCCCGCAUGUGAAAUGCAAGCUGAGGGACCCGACCCACGCCGCCAGGCGAGUCAUCUCCCGUCCUUGGGCAGUCAUUGAGGAAAUCAAGGAAGCCUUCUCAUUGGUCGUUUCGAAUUCAGACAGUUUGACCAACGUCAUACAGAACUCGGAUGUCCUGGGUCAGGUCUUCGGUGAAUUCGUUCAGAAAGCCGAGGGCUGCCCAUUGCUGGGCACCAGGGUGCGAAACCUAUCACGGCGAGGACACAGAUUCGACUCCUACCAGAAACCGUUGACUAGAUUUGUCAUGUGCAUCUCCGCAUUUUUCGAAACAGCUGUCUGGAUUACAGCAAACAGGAAGUUGAACCAUCGUGAGCAUGAAAUUGCGGCUGACUUCCUGGAGUGGGUCAACCCCUCCCGCUUGGUGCUCCUGGGAAUGUGCGCGGACGCAGCAGACGAAAGCCUGCUUCUGGUGCGACAUUUUGAUCGAGAGACUCACGAUGUAGCCGAGCUGCAGUCAGCGACAUCGCAGUACCUGAGCCGCCUACGCUACUUGUUUGUCACCGGCGCAGUUGUCCGAACUGCCGGCUUCACCGAGCUUGUACUGCAGUGGCUGCGGUCUCCGCACGGGUUCAUGGUCCGCGGGCGUCCUAAGUGCAUUGGCGGUGAGCAUGCAGUGGACGAUGCAUUGAUCGACUCGUGCCUGCGCCCGUCCGAGUAUCCGAGUUAUGCUCUGCUCUCCGCGUUCCAAGUGUUCUCUCUCUCGAGAGAUGGGGCGAGUCAGGCUGCAGACGAGGAGACUGGCGAGGAGGCGUGCUUGACGCGUCUUGCGCAGUCCUUGCACUUGGAUGCUGAGCGACUUAUCAGUCAGUUCCUGGACCACAAGGCCAUUGCGCUGCACGAGGCUCAUGCAAAGAAGCUGUCAAGCUUGGAUGCGUGGGUUUCUGCAGUCCAGAGAACCAGCGCGACCCAGCGUGCAGUUCGGGUUCGCCACCCCUCAGAAUGCUUGCGAAGUCUGCUCAUCCGUUAUUCCUGUUGGACAGGCACCACCACGAGCGGAGUAGAUCAGCUGUUCAGCAAAGCGAGCCAAUUCUUGACGCCGUCGCGGAAUCACAUGUCGCCUGCGAAUGAGUUCGCCGAAGUCAAGGUCAUGAGCGACUUUCAGCAUACUGACAAAGAUGCUGUCUGCGAUGCAGCCCGGCAUGUCUGGGCUGAAUGGCACUUCCUGCAAACUCGACGUGAAGCCGUGGCAGCAGACUCCGAGCAAGUCUCCGUUGAGCAAGUGGCACAAGAGGCGGAGGAGCUCGUGGCAGAGGACAUCGUGGGGAAACAGGCUGUAGUGUCUGAGAUUGAGUUUCAGCAGAGCAAACAGUUCAAAAACCGGCUCCUAGCUUUCAUGGACAACGCACUCCUGGAGAGCGAGAUCUCGGUGGAUCUCCUUCAGAUGGCGCAGGCGUACAAGGAUCACAUGGACAAGCUGUCGAGAGACCAGGCGAGGAAUGAGAAGCGGAAGUUUAGCUUGAUGUCACGCGGGUUACCCGACCUCCAAGGUCAGCCGAUGUGGUUAGAGGAUGCUGACUGGCAGCGUUUCCCGAGUGUGGCCGACAAGCGUCUUGUGGGAGACUGCAUGCACGCUCGGGUCUUCGUGCUAAAAAACCCUGCACACCCUGGAGAGCAGAAUGCUUGGCUUCUGGCUCUCAUGGGCGGUCAUUCGGUAGAUUUGCAGUUUGUAAAAACUGGAGGGGCCAAAGGAGUGUGUUUUGCAUACGACCCAGCUAUCGCCGUGCAGCGGAAGCUGUACAUUAGUGAAGACUUUCGCGCGCAGAAUCCGGAAGUCACUCUUUGGGUCACUUUGUCUGUCCAGUCCCUGCAUUCGAAGUGGAGGCUCUUGCAGUCAUGGGACGAUUUCCUCAGUCGUCGCCAUCAGGGGAUGAAGUGCAUUGCGCUCACAACACCAGAGUCGGUCGCACUUCUCGGAGAGAAUGCACGGAACGUGUUCUCGCUGGAGACAUUUUUCGCGUUCAUCUCCCAAAGGGUGGUGACGGCGUCGCGAAACUUUUGUAAACAGUGA